AAUUUAAGCCUGGGUCCUGAUGGCUCUCAUAUCAUACAUAUCCUCCACUGCUUUCCCGUAGAUCGUCAAAGGUUUGCCACAGCGUAGUACCACCUUCUGCGCGCAACCCCACCCAGUUGCGCAGCCGUACUGUGUCCCGGUGAGCGGUGAUCCGGCCGAUGGAGUCGACACGGGCCGAGCUAGCGGCACCCACCGAGCGGCUGGCGCCGCGGCCGCACGUCGUGCUGCUCGCCAGCCCCGGCGCCGGCCACCUCAUCCCGCUGGCCGAGCUGGCGCGGCGGCUCGUCGACGACCACGGCUUCGCGGCCACGCUCGUCACCUUCACCGACCUGUCCACCGCGGAGGCCCUCUCCGGCGUCCCUGCCUGCGUCGCCACAGCCGCGCUCCCGGCCGUCCCACUCGACGACCUCCCCGCCGGCACUUCCAUGGAGACCGUGCUCUUCGAGCUCGUCCACCGUUCCCUCCCUAACCUGCGCGCCAUCCUCCGUUCCGUCGGCGCCCCCCUCGCCGCGCUGGUGCCCGACUUCUUCUGCUCCGCGGCGCUGCCGCUCGCCGCCGAGCUCGGCGUCCCGGGGUACGUCUUCGUGCCCAGCAACCUCACCACCAUCGCGCUCAUGCGCGCCACGGUGGAACUCCACGACGGCGUUCCACCCGGCGAGUACCGCGACCUCCCCGAGCUUCUCUGUCUCCCAGGCGGUGUCUCGCUGCGCCGUACCGACCUCCCGCGCUCGUUCCAGAGCAGCAACGAGCCGGUCUACGCGCACCUCCUCGAGGAGGGCCGGCGCUACCGCGGCGCCGACGGCAUCCUGGUGAACACCUUCUACGAGUUGGAGCCCGCCACCGUCGAAGAGUUCAAGCAGGCGGCAGGGCGAGGUGCGUUCCCGCCCGUGUUCCCCGUGGGCCCGUUCGUCCGGCCAAGCACAAGCUCCGACGAAGCCGCCGGCGCGUCCGCGUGCAUAGAGUGGCUAGAUCGCCAGCCGACUGGGUCUGUUGUGUACGUCUCCUUCGGGAGCGGCGGGUCGCUCACUGUGGAGCAGACGGCAGAGCUCGCCGCCGGGCUGGAAGCGAGCGGCCACAGGUUCCUUUGGGUCGUGAGGAUGCCGAAUCUGGACGGCAACGACGGCCAUGACCAUGAAGACAAGCAAAACCCAUUGGCGUGGCUUCCCGCGGGGUUCCUGGAGAGGACGGCGGACAAGGGGCUGGCCGUGGCGGCGUGGGCGCCUCAGGUGCGCGUGCUGUCCCACCCGGCGACGGCGGUGUUCGUGUCGCACUGCGGCUGGAACUCGGCGCUGGAGAGCGCGUCGGCCGGCGUGCCGAUAGUGGCGUGGCCGCUGUACGCGGAGCAGCGGAUGAACGCCGUGGUCCUGGAAGGGAGCGUCGGGGUGGCGCUGCGCCCGCGGGCGCGGGAGCGCGGCGAGAUCGCGGCCGUGGUGAAGGAGCUCAUGGAGGGGGCGGACAAGGGGCGCGCCGUGCGGCGGCAGGCCGGGGACCUGCAGCAGGCCGCGGCGCGCGCGUGGUCGCCCGAGGGGUCGUCGCGCCGGGCGCUGGAGCAGGUCGCCGCCACGUGGAAGAAGGUGACGCUCGCCGAGGUGAAGUAACGGACGGACGUGCAAGGGGAAGCGGUCAUGGCUGUUUGUUGGCGUCUUGUGUGUAUCGGCGGUGCAUGUUUGCUUGUUUGUGCCGCAUUAAUAAAAGGCUCGUCUGACUUUGAUGACCGUGGCCGGCGACGCCGGUGGUCACCUUUCCUCC